CUACGAUAAUACUUCUCGUCUUAAUCAAUUUGCACUUUGAUAUUUCGUUUGUUAUGAAUUUUAUAAUGUAAUUCGAACGGUCGAUAAAGAGGUCACGCAAAUCUCGUCGGUGCUCUAAUCAACGGGAAUUUUGAAAGUUCUGUAUUAUCGACGGUUGGUCCUAUUCCCUCCCUAUUUUGAUAUUUACCGAUAAAGAAGCGCUACCAAUGAAGAUAGACCAAUAUAGUAAUAAACAUACAUAUAAUAGUUUAAUAUAAAAAAGAAAUUAACUUCCAGGUAAAUGGGUUACCGUGGGUCUACCGCAAUAGCCAAAUCUGGAGUAUACUCAAAGACGCGUCAGGCUCCCCCAUCCACUACUCGGCAGCCGCCAUUUUCUAUCCGUAGCACCAGAUGCACUUAAAACAUGCAGAAGCGUGUUGCAUUUAGAUAAAUUUGAUAAUCUGAAGCAACAGAGGAAUUCCUGCGAAUGAUCAAUGACUUAUUUGAUGUUUUUUAUUCUAGAAAUGUACGACAAAAGUUUUAUGAACGUUCAAUAAAUUCCAAUUUUAUGUAAAAAUGGAUGCAUUCAAGCUUUUGGACGACAGAAUAAUAAACUGUUCGACAAUUUGAAGCUGCUUUCAAAAGAUUAUUGCACGGAACAGCGAAAUUACGAGUGCAACAACGGGAAAUUGUAUAGCUUUAGAUAAUACACCUAUAUUAAAUACAACUUCAACAUUACAACCAGAAAAAGCAAUAAAUAAAACUUCUACAAUUGUAUAUAAUAGAUGAUUAUCAAAUUAAUAAUGAAAAUUGUGUAAUUAAUGUUGCGAUUGAUUAUGAUCAUCCAUAUGCUGUUACAUACUACUAAUUUAACUGAAUAUACUGUGGAAGAUAUUAGUUAUAUUGCUAAGUUUAUUGUUCGACGUUUAAGUAAAUGUAUUAUCUGUGAACUAUGUACAAUUAAAUGUCUUGAUUGAUACAAAAUCAAGAUAACUUAUAUAUAUCCAUUCGUAAAUACAAUAAAAACGUGCCUCGAUGCAGAGAAAGUUAUUAGAUUUAUUAUGAAGGAAAAAUACGAUGUUACACUUAAUUUCAAGUAUAUUAUGAAUAAUAUUCAAACUGUACUACUAAAUUUAUACAGAGCAAUGAUCAAAGUUUUCUUACGUCUCACAGAACGCACUUGAUGAGAGGUAUAAUUGUAAAAUAUAUUAAUACGCGUUAGUUUUAUAUUGCAAAACAAAUAAAUAUUGUUAUAACAAAGACAUUUUUAUAAUAAAUCAAUAUUAUUCAGAGGAGAAUAAAUUAUGUGUUUGUUUCUUACUACUUCUAUAUAUUAUUUGCUUUUAUAUAUAUUAUUUUAGUUUUGCAUAUUGUCUUUUUAUUAUAUAUUAUUUAUUAUACCUUGUAUUUUCAAAUAAACAAGCAGAUGAUGCAGUUAAGUGUCAAUAGAUGACACUAUUAGUGGCCAACGAUCUAAUCCUCUUCCACACCUUCAUACCCCGCAUCCAUGGUAGACCCUAAUGUUCUGUCCUUCAAGUCUCUAUCUUGCUUUAUCCCUUUAUAAUGCUCCGUCCUUGUAAAAUUUGUGAAUCUGAUUGGCUCUUAUAUUAAGGAAAUAUGCCAAUCACACAGAUUCAUGAUUAUUCUCAUCUUCAUGUUUCUCCUUCGCUCUCUUUGUACUCUGUUGCUUUGUAACAGCACUUCAUUCAAUUUCAUGCUCUUGAGGAACAAUCAUCACGAACCAAGGCAUCCAAAAGUGACGUAUAAAUGUCCUCCUGUCAACAAAGUCAUACGAAGAAGAAGAAGACAAACCAAGGCAACUGGAUAUAACGCAAUACAUAUAGUAAUUGUGAAGGAAAAUAGAUAAUAUUAUUCUUUUUUUGGAUUAUUUUCACAAUGGCAUCGAUAAUAGACCUUCCCGAGGAUGUAAUAGAGAACAUUCUCGGUUGUAACGGUAUCUGUAUUCGAGAUAUCGUGAAUUUAUCUGCCACGUGCAAGCAUUUGUAUCACCUGAUCGAGAACAACGCAAUUUGGCGACACCAGUUCAACCAGAAGUAUUUUUCUAUAUGGCCUGAUUUGAAAACCAUUUGCAAAAAAGAAAUUUUUAAAGGAUAUCUAGAUUUUAAAGAAUUGAUAACAAUAAGAAUAAACCAUAAAAAACAAUUACGGCCAUUUUUGGCACGUAUAAGCGAAAAACAUUACUACGGUUUUUAUGAGUCCUUAAGUGAAAAUGUUACUUGGCACACCUGGUUGAACGUUUGCCGUCAUGAUAAUUACACCAACGAAGUAAUUGUCCAGGAAAAAGAAUUUAAUUCAUUCAAAUGGGAUGAGACAUAUGAAUUAUUAUUUCCUAAUGGACGAGCUAACAAGUUUACUCGAACGGUCACGGAGUUCAGGCAUAAGAACGAUUUAACAAAUAGGUAUUACGGAAAAGAGCUUCUAUUAUAUAUGAAACAUUACCAUUUGAAAACCGUGUGGCAGAACUUUAGAAAGCGCCCUGCUAAAGAGCAGCUCCUGGAAGGGGCGGCAACGUUUGUCGCACAAUGGUUCCAACCAGAAAAAAAUAUAUCUUACUGCCAUAUAGCAAGGGAGUUGGAUAAAAUCACACAACAGACAAUGGAAGAUCUUGAAAUUGAGAAUUUCAGACAUCCAAUAUUCUUCGCAUUGUAUCAACAACUCUCGUUUUGGAAAUUCCAUAAUAUCGAAGAAAAUCAAUGGAACAACAGUGAUGGAAGACAGAUUCUAGACGUUCUGUGCAGGAUAUUCUUCUGUCGACGGAAACAAUCACAGUUUCACGCAUAUCGCCUUCCAGUUGAAUGUUGGGGACCACUCUUCCUUCGAGAAUACCUAUUUGUGAAUUACGUCUUAGAAGAAAAAAAAGGUUCCACUGUAUUGGUAGCAAUCAUAUUCCAAAGUAUUGCCAGAAGACUUGGAAUACGCUGUGAUCUACUAUAUUUUCCUAUGCUUUCUGAUCGGAAGGACUAUGAGUACUUAUUAAAAUGGAAGCCAAAAUGGAAUGUAACAAAUUCUAAUGAUGACCAGUAUUUUUAUAUCGAUAUUUUGGGAAGUGGAGCCUUACGAGAUAUAAAUGACUGGCCCGAAAUUUGUGAAACUACAGCGCUUCCAAUUAGUGCUGAUGAAUACUGCAAAAUAAAUUCCUUAGAGCUGUUACUAGAUUUCAGUUAUCGCUUGGUAGUAGCAAAAAGUGCAGUUCAUCAACCUGGUGUUUAUGUGCCUGGCCAUGAUCAUGAAGACAUCACAUGCCUGAAUAAAGAGGAUCGGUGGUUUUUGGCACUUGUGGAUUUGAUAAAAGAAGAAGAGGAAUAUUUGAGUAUCUCACUAAGCUCCGAGAUAUAUAACGAAAGCAGAAUCAUCAACUUUGCAGAGGAUAAGAUAACCACCAGAUUUGGAAGUAAGUCAGUUAAACAUGAAAGAUUCACACUCAAACCAAAAAAGAGGGCAGCGGGAAUGAAAUUUGCAGUAGGAAUGAUCGCGAAACUUGUCCGUUCAAAUGAGCUAGUGAGUUUAGAGGAAGUAGAUACGCCGGAACCCAUCUGUAGCGAUAUAGUUGGCAAAUACUUUUGUGAGUUCAGAGACACAUAUUAUAUGCCAAACGAGGUCCUAGCAAAAGAAUAUUCAGAUGACGUAUUGUAUUUAGUUAGUGAAUUGUAA